GAAGUCAAGAUGAAUGGAACCAGACGAAGGAAAUGGAAACCACACAUGUAAAAACGUGUGUUUUUGUGUGCGUGUGUAUGUGUGUGUGAGAACCAGAGACAGAGAGAGACAGAGUAGGUAAGUGUCAGAGAUAAGUGCACAGUGACUUUGACUUCAGAAAGCCUGAAGAUGAGCCUGUUUUGGUUAUGAAAAGACACAUAACUACACAGUUUUUGCUUCAUUCAUGAUGGAUAAACCAUUUCUGGAUAUGACCUUGGUGUUAAAUGGCUUACUCCUGGCUCUAAUUCUCCUUGGAAAUGUAGAUGCUCAAGGUCCUGCUGGUCUGUGUGUUCCUGCAGUCAGAGUUCGCAAGAACACUGUUUAUAGAGGCUCCAGUAAAAGCCUGUUAAGAGUCCCCUGUCCUGUGACAUACUGUGAGGAGAUUCCAACUGUUAGAUGGUUCAGAAUUAAAGAUACAGACAAGUCGAUACCAGUCAGUGAAACAGACCAAGUAACAGUUACACAGGAGUGGUCUACUGCAGACGAGAAAGAGAUCAUCUCAUAUUUGAGCUUCAAGAGUUUAUCAGUUCAGGAUGAUGGCAUUUAUAGAUGUGCAGCUGCCGGAUCAAAUUCCACAUCAGAAAGCCACAGCAUUAAUGUGUCUGUUUCAGAUACAAUCCUGGACACUGUAAAUGGAACCAGCCCCACUCCAGCUCCUCAAAACGAAGUUGUUAGGGUCACAGGGUGGAUGCCCUACAUUAUAAUCUGCUCGGGUAUCCUCGGUCUGGUCACUGUUGUGAUGUUAAUCACUUUCCUGAGCCUACAUGGAGGUAUAUGUUCAAGAAAAGCUAAAAAACAGAGAACACAAGUACCACCCAGCCCCAACAUUUCAAAAUAUAAUGGACACCUCCACAGCCAGGAAAAGCCAGAGCAGCGAAAGAAGGUCUUUGACACAUCCAAAGAAACACUAGAGCCUGACAUGCCCUCACUGCAUCCAGCGAUGGAUCAGAAGAGCACACUGAGCAGGAGCAGCGGUGAGCAAGGGCCGCAGCAGAUCAUUUACGCCACUCUGGAACAUCUCACACCCCGAGAAACUUCUAUAAUCAGCCUGCCUUCACGAGAACAGCUGUCAGAGUACGCUUCCAUACGAAUUUGCUGAAGUUGGAGAGUUUUAGAAACAAUAUGAACAGACUGAAC